UGCGAGUGUUUGUCCACCAGGGGCGCUGUUCUCUGUUUGUAUUUUCAAUGACACGACGUCAUGGGUAAAUCCAAUAUGGCCGCACAGUAGGAUGAACGCUCUCAAAACUCACGCUUCAAAUGACAAAUACUAUUGCGUAGUGGUAUUGUUUUUAUAUUUUGAAGGCCACUGCUGUGUCGCGAUGUGGCUGCCAGUCCACACAGUCUGUUUAAGAAGCCAGACAGCCUGCAGAAGGAGCUUCGUCGCUGCUCUUUUAAAAUUUACCAGGCAAGGGGGCAAUGCUAACGUUUCUCCCUUCAGUCAUUCAGCGGGACUUCGAGCACAGACGUGCAAGGCUCUUCUGUACAGAAAACACGGAGACCCUUCUCAAGUCGUUCAGUUGGAGGAUGUAGAGCUGCCCCCCAUAGGUGCAAAGGAUGUCCUGGUUAAAAUGCUGGCAGCUCCAAUCAACCCAUCUGACAUCAACAUGAUUCAAGGUACUUAUGCUAUCCUGCCUGACCUCCCAGCUGUUGGGGGCAAUGAGGGAGUGGCCCAGGUCGUAGAGGUGGGCAGUCAGGUGAAGUCUCUCAAAACAGGAGACUGGGUCAUCCCAAAAGAUGCUGGUCUAGGGACAUGGAGGACAGAGGCAGUGCUAGCUGAGGAUGAUGUCAUCUCGCUACCGAAUGACAUUCCCUUGUUGUCUGCUGCCACACUGGGGGUGAAUCCCUGCACUGCCCUCAGGAUGCUCUCUGACUUUGAGGAUCUCAAGCCAGGUGAUUCUGUGAUCCAGAACGCAGCCAACAGUGGAGUUGGGCAGGCUGUAAUACAGAUUGCUGCUGCAAGGGGAAUAAACACCAUUAAUGUCAUCAGAGACAGGCCAGAGUUCACACAGCUCAAUGAUAGGCUGAAGGCCAUCGGUGCAACUCAUGUGAUUAAAGAAGAGGCACUAAGGCGGCCUGAGAUUAAGGAACUGUUCAAGACCUGUCCGAGGCCUAAACUGGCACUGAAUGGAGUCGGAGGCAAGAGUGCAACAGAACUGCUCCGUCAUCUACAGAUUCGAGGAUCUAUGGUGACGUACGGAGGGAUGGCCAAACAGCCAGUUACCGUCCCUGUGAGUGCUCUCAUUUUCAAGGACGUGAAGGUCCGGGGAUUUUGGGUCACGCAGUGGAAGAAAGAUCAUUCAAAUGAUGGAAGGGCGUUUAGAGCCAUGCUGGAUGAACUGUGCCACCUCAUCCAGCAAGGAAAGCUGACAGCUCCUGCCUGCACAGAGGUGGGCCUCCAGGACUACAGCAAAGCUCUGGAUGCAGCCAUGCAGCCUUUCACUUCAGCUAAACAGGUGGUGAUUAUGUGAGCACACUCAACAGCUGUCACACCUGUAACCCCAGGACUGCCACACUGUUGUUGAUUUGUCCAUCACUGCUCAAGCACAUACUCAAUAAAUUUGUCUUCACGGCCAACUCAAAGUCCAGUAU